AUGAUAUCCAAACCCACCACCAUCGCCACCCCUCCCAAUCCCGCCCACGAACUCCUCAAACGCGCCUUCGGCAACAUCACCCCACUCACCACCAACCUCACGCACCCCAACUUCCGCGCCUUAGACAUCAACACAGGCGACGGUUCCUGGCUCCACGAUCUCCGUUCCCAACUCCAGCACCCCGAAGAAGCAGAUCUCGUUGGAACAGAUUUUGAGAUUCUACCUGCGGAACAACGACCUUUUUCCAUUCCGAGGAAUAUGCGAUUUUUGAUGAUGAUGCCGACGAUGACGCAAAGAUGUUCUUCUUCUUGUUCUUUCUCGAGGAGAAAAAAUGGAUUUGGUGAGGAUGGUGAGGAGGAGGAGGAGGAGGAUGAUGAGUGGCCAGAGGAUUUGCAUGGAUAUUUUGAUUUGGUGCGGGAUCGGACGGUGGUAGAGGGGAGUCGGGGGGAUUGGGAACGGGCGGUGGAGGGGACGGGGAGGUUGUUACGGUUAGUAAAACCUGGAGGGGGGAUUUUGCUGGUGGGGUGUUGUUUAGAGGGGAACGGGAAUGAUGAUGAUGAUGAUGAGAUGGAUGCGGCAAGUCGGAGGUUGUUCAAGUUGUUGGGGAAUGGGUUUUCAUCAGGUGGUGGUCAUGGGAGUCUGGGUGGGGAUUUGGCUGCUGUACUUAAUGCUGCGAGCCACAGGUCUGGCGUGCGACUGGUGGAUGUGAGGGUGAAGAAGGCUGUGAGUCGGAUCGGAGAGGGCGCAGAGUUUCAUAUGAGAGAGUUGGGAAUGGCUUGGCUUGAGCAACUCAAGGGCGCGUGCGGCGCUAGUCGCAGCAAAGCUGAUCUCGAUCACUUUGAUCAUGUCGUCUCAGAGGCUGUUGAAGAGGCGGACACGAAGGGCUUUGAUAUCACGUGGUACGCGAGCUGGGCGACGAGAUCGGACGGGAAUGCUGGAGGGGCCAUUGAAUUACCCGGUUGAGUAUGAUAUCGAUUGCAGUUGUUCAUAUGCGUGUAAUCAUCAUGCUCGCCUGGGCAGUUACAAGGCGACCAAAUUGAUGAGAGGUUUCAAUUAGCUCUCUUCUAUUGUAGACGAUCUUGUUCAUCCCGCAGUGCCUGACCGUAGUCACCCGCAUUAGGCAUUCUACAGAUGGUAUGCGUGUGAAACUUGGCAGGCUCGGUGUUUGCCAAAAAGACUCCAGAGUGGUGAUCGAACUCCAGAACGAUGACAGGACUUUGUAUCCGGUAGUAGAAAGCGUCGUGGUCACCAUAUCCUCCAAUCCAGCUGAAGUAGGUUUCCUCAAAAUGCUUUUUGAUUUGCUGCUUUUGCUUCUGUCGCGUUUCGUCAGGAUAAUAGAGCAAGAACUCGUCCGCAAUCUCGAGAACGAUGUCUUGCUGCUCAGCGGUCAUUUCAGAGACCUUGACACCCUCGUACGGCACCACUCGGUUGUCGCGGAAUGCUCCACACAAGUGUCGCUGAUCAUCUUGAUUCCAUCGAUCAACCUUCAAAUCUCCACUUUGAAGCAUCUUGGGGUCUCGCAUCAGCUUGUAGGUCUGCACAAUCUGCUGUUUCUCUUUUGGUAACGACUGCAUCAGCCGCAAGCCCAGAUCGCCUUGCGUAUGCAGAAUUUGUGUGCCUUUCCAAGGACCCUCGUCGAUUAGAUUAGGCUCCGCUCCUGUGAAGUAAGGCGAGAUCACGAUCUGCGAGCCGUGGAGAUAGACGUUGAGGCAGAGGUGGUGGCCGUAGAGCGACCAGCCCCAUGGCUUGUCUGUAGAGGGCUCACCGAACAGCAGGAAGUUGUACGAAUACUGAUUCAUGAUUCGAGGCACCUUGCACACCUCUCCUAGAAAGUGGUUGAUACGGAUCGCUGCGAGCGCUUUCUGGUAUCCUUGUUUGGAGAACGUAGCCUCCAAGACGCCCAGGAUGGACUGUGCGGUCUCCUCUGGGAGUUCUUCCAGUCGGAGACCAAAGGGACGCAGCAGAAACUCAGGGUUUGACCAGCAGCGCCAUUGCUUCGCGUUCAAGGGAUACCGAACCUUUUUGCUCUGCUCCGAGUUUAGCUGUCCCAGCGCAGUAUUCGUGGCUUGCACGAUCUUGUCAAUAGAAGCUCCUUGAAAGUCUUCUUUCUUGUAUACUCCUUGACGAACAGUGCCAUCAAUCGUCACGCCCUGGAAUGGAUCUUCCAGCAGAUCCUCCCAUGCUUUCGUCAGCCGGUACAGCCAAGGGGGAUGUUGUUUUUGCUGGAACGCUUCGGAGUACUCGUACGGACUCUGCUGCGCGGUUUUGACGAAGCGAGGUGAGGUUAGAUCUGGUAAGUGCUGUCUGAAGGCCGAUGCAAGCUCUUCAUCAACCUGGGCAUUAUUCGUGCCGUUUGUAGUCAUCUUGAGAAGACGUCUGACGGUUCAGGCCUUGGCGG